AGAAGUGUGUGUGUGUGUGUGUGUGUGCAUGUGUGCAUGCUUAUUUGCACGUGUUUAUCUAUGCCUGUUAAUAAGCUACUGAAUGUGUCUCUCUGUUUUGUGUGCAUGCAUGUUGCUUUUUUCUUCUUGUGUGUGUAUGUCUCCCUCUCUCUCUCUGUAAGUGUGUGUGUGUGUGUGUGACAAGAAGGCUGUUUCAACAUGGGAAGUGGGAAGGUUGUUGGAAUGUUGCCUGGGAACACCGGGGCUCUCUGCCUCCACGCUCCACACAGACGGGAGUUCUGCCCUCACAUGCAGUAGCCUACACACACACACAAACCAUCCCUUCAUCAGCCGCCACUUACUGAGAUAAACAGUAGACACUCCGCUGUGACAGGGGGAUGCCUCACUCUCUCCCCACACACCAGGUGUGACUGUGUCACAGCACAGCACAGCACAGCACAACACAACACAGCACAGCACAGCACAGCACAACACAACACAGCACAGCACAGCACAACACAACACAGCACAGCACAGCACAGCACAGCACAGCACAGCACAAUAGUUUAACACAGGAGAGACUCGACAAUGCACAGCGGCUCAGUGGAGUAGGAACUGCUGAGAGGGAAGACUCCAAACAGAAGAGAGAGGCGCAGCCCUGCGCGCUUUGGAUCGGGGAUCAGCUGGGGAAGAGAGGGAGAUAGAGAGAGAGAGAGAGAGAGAGAGAGAGAGGGAGGGAGGGAGGGAGGGAGUCACAGAGGGACGGACCCUUUUGCCCGGGGCAGCCGCGCGUGUGUGCGCGUGUGUGUGUGUGUGUGCGCGCUGCGAGGCAGCGGCGUGUGUGAGAACCACACAGUCUGAAUUGGCUUAAAGGAAGGCACUGCCUCAGCGGUUGCGAGAGAGCUAGGAGUGCAUGUGUGUGUGUGUGUGAGCGAGAGGGAAACAGAUACACACACAACCACUUUACAGAGGAAGGACAGAAGUGCAUGGAGGGAGAGAGAGAGAGAGAGGCAGCUCUGUCUCAACCAGGAGUAGUCCGGCAGCAACAACAACAACAACAACACCAACAACAACACCGCGCGGCGAGGUAAACUCACUCCCUUUACUCUGACAGCAGACUCACUCAACUGGGCUACUGUACAGCAUGGACUCGAAAGUAAAACUCUAAACUCUGUGUGUGUGUGUGUGUGUGUGUGUGUGUGUGUGUGUUUGUGUACGGUCAAGUGAGACUCAAUGCGCUCAACCGUUGCCUAGAUUACUCUAAGAUAAAAACUCCUGCCAGGUGACUUUGUUGAACGUGUUGAACCUGGUCAGUGUGUUUAGUGAUAAAACUUUUGGCAAAAAAAAACUGAGUCACCAGGAGGUUCAAAGGGGUCAGACCACCUCAGUGAGCCAGUGACUCUCCGUCGGGCUGUCAGGUAAAGAGGAAACUGGGCAGCAAGCUGGACAGCAGCACUACAAGAGCUGGGCGGCAUCACUGGACCCCUGAAAUGAGCAGACAGCUGUCCACCUGUGACGUGGAGGUCAGUCUGUCCAGGAAAACGUAGCCAAGGGUGUGUAAAAUAAAUAAGUAAAUAAAUAAUUUGUCACAGUUUGGAUAGCUGUGGCAUUCCACCAAGGAAGUGACAGGCAGGCAUAAAUCUCUGCCAGCUCGGAGUAUCGUCAGGCAGCACCGGCAGUGGCAUCUGACCGUACCUGGACUGGCACCUCUGUGUGUGUGUGUGUGUGUGUGUGUGUGAGGGUGGGGAACGAUGCGUCGCGACCGGCUCCUGGUGGCCUCCACGCUGGCCUUCUUCCUGGCGGUGGACAUCUACUUCGUGCUGCUGCCUCGGCUGAGAGAUCGGUACCUGCUGCCGGGGGACAGGUGCCCGUGCCGAGGCCGGGGUCGCGGUGCCAACGGCAGCGCCAGCGGCGACGCGGGUCACCGGCCGCCGUGGUCAGGCUACGGCGACGGAGUGGCGGGGGCCGAGGGGGCGGAGACGGGUGGCUCCAGGCUGGACAGGCUGUUUGCUCACCCGCUGUACAACAUGAAGCUGCCGGAGAUGAGCGACGCGGAGGUGCUGCUGCAGCACAGCGAGCUCAUGGAGUACUACAGGAGGAAGCUGGCCCGCUGGGAGAGGCAGCAGAGGCACUACAGUGACGCCGCCGCGGCCGCCAACCUGUCCCUGCCUCAGCAGCCGGCGACCUUUGACCCCGAGGCCAGCUGGCUGAAAUUCCACCUGGGGAUCAAUCGCUACGCGCUGUACACCCGAGACGACCCUGGGAUCGCUCGCCUGCUGCAGGACAUGCGCAGCAGCGUCAUCAUAAGCGCAGAUUAUACUCAGGAUGAGAAAGCACUGAAGGGGGUGUGUGACUGCUCUCAAGUGGUAAAACCCAGCGGACAUCACCUGAAGCUGGCUCUGAAGUUCAAGGAUUUUGGCAAAUCUAUGUUCAAACCCAUGAGGCAAGAGAGAAACGAGCAGACCCCUGAGGACGUCUUCUACUUUGUCGACUUCCAGAGACACAACGCAGAGAUCGCAGCCUUCCACCUGGACAGAGUGCUGGAUUUCCGAAGAGUGCCACCUGUGAUAGGGCGACUGGUUAAUGUCUCUGGGGAGAUUCUGCACGUCACUCGGAACGAGGAACUCAAGAGUGUGUUUUUCACCUCCCCAGCAAACAACACCUGCUUCUUCGCCAAAUGCCUGUACGUGUGCAAGACAGAGUACGCCGUGUGCGGUCACCCGGACCUUCUGGAAGGUUCCAUGUCGGCGUACCUGCCUGGGCUGAGCAUCGCACCCCGGAUCUCCAUCCCCAACCCCUGGAUCCGAUCCUACACCUUCACCGGGAAAGAAGAAUGGGAGGUUAAUCCUUUCUACUGUGACACAAUACGGAGGCUCUAUCCCUACAACUCUGGAAACAGGCUACUCAACAUCAUCGACAUGGCCAUAUUUGACUUUCUCACAGGGAACAUGGACCGCCAUCACUAUGAAAUCUUUACCAAAUUUGGUGAUGCUGGAUUUCUGCUUCACUUUGAUAAUGCUAGAGGGUUUGGCAGGCACUCCCAUGAUGAGCUGUCCAUCCUGGCUCCCCUGACUCAGUGUUGCACUAUCAAGCGUUCAACGCUGCUCCGCCUGCAUCUGCUGACCCGGCCAGACCUCCGCCUGAGCGAGGUGAUGCGCGAGUCCCUGGAUGGCGACCUGCUCCGGCCGGUUCUGACCGAGCCGCACCUGCUGGCGCUGGACCGGCGUCUGGAGAAGAUCCUGCGGGCCGUGCAGCGCUGCGUCCGCAAACUGGGCGAGCGGCAGGUCGUGGUGGCCGACUUCGUGGAGGUGCCAGAUGAUCCGGCGACGCGAUCGCCCCAACCUCCCCUGCCCCCAGAGCCCCGGAGCAGGUGACCGGUGGACAGACGAGGAGGCGCCGGACUGAGAGAUGGAGAAGAAAGAGAGAUGAAGACAAUGAAUAAUGAAUAAAAUGAGGAGAUGGAGCUGAGGGAGGCUCGAUGAAGUCGAAGAGUGGAGAUGGAGACAGAUGGAGUUGAAAUGAUCGAUGGAGUUGAGAGAGAGAGGAGUGUCAUGCUAACAAAGGCUGUGGCACUCUUCUCCUGCAGGUCAAAGGUCAAGGUUCAGUUCAGGUGGGGUGCUCUUCUCACUGGAACAGGUUCAGUCUGGAUUGGGUUUAUUUCAGUGAAGGUUCCUCUGGCCUGCCAUUGCCAGAGCAAGCAAUUAGCACCAGCGUAUUACCAGUGCAUACAAGUACUUAAUUCUCACAUACAGGUCAUUCUGAGUGCCAGUAUACAGCUCUCACCCUCAAAGCCAGCAGCAAUGGCUCUUCUUUGGAAUAGAGCAACGGACAUGCAUCUGUUGGGUGGGAAGAGAUGUUGGACAUGAUUGUGGAGAUGGAGCUACGUAGGGGACUGCUGGAGUUCAUAUGGGCAGAUGGAACUGCAAGCUGGUAGAAAGAAUCGCACUUACUCACUUAUUCACAUUGGCUGACGAUUUCAUCCAAAGGAACUUACGUCAAUACUUACAAGGGCCAGUUUCCCCAGAGCAACAGGGGAUGCCUUGCUGAAGGACACAACAAAGGCAACAGGGAAUUGAACCCUUUUCUGGCUACUGCCUGCUGGCCCAGGCCCUUAUAGACCCUUUCAACAAUAAAAACAAAAACAAUGCUUGAACAUUCUAUUUGGGCCCCAAUCUACUUCCUCUGCAUUAA